GUCCGCGAUGGAUCACAGUGGGGAAAUCUCUGCUCGGUGGUCGUAUGUAAAGCGUGUCCUCGAACGUUCUGGUCCGUUAGCGCAUCCAGAUUUUGAGCCAUCGCCGGACAUACUUCCGUUUUUGCGCGAAAAUUGCAAAGUUUUGGUUGUGGGGGCCGGCGGAUUGGGAUGCGAACUAUUGAAGAAUCUCGCGCUGAUGGGCAUCAAGAACAUCGAUGUUAUCGACAUGGACACGAUUGACGUGUCCAAUUUGAAUCGUCAGUUCUUGUUCCGUCCUGCUGAUGUUGGAAAGCCGAAAGCAGAAGUAGCUGCUCGUUUCAUUAACGAGCGGAUCCCAGGGUCGAAUGUCGUGCCACACUACAAGAAAAUUCAGGAUUAUGAUGCCGGAUUCUAUUCUGAUUUCCAUAUCGUUGUCUGUGGGUUGGACUCGAUUGUGGCUCGGCGUUGGAUUAAUGGCAUGUUAUUAAGCUUGCUAAGGUACGAUGAUAACGGCGAGUUGGAUCAAACCUCCAUCGUUCCUUUGGUCGACGGGGGAACGGAAGGAUUUAAAGGAAAUGCUCGAGUUAUACUUCCUGGAAUGUCUGCUUGUGUAGAAUGUACGCUGGAUUUGUUUCCACCUCAAGUGAAUUUUCCGCUUUGUACAAUUGCUCACACGCCUCGGUUGCCGGAGCACUGCGUGGAAUAUGUUCGGGUUUUACUCUGGUCUAAAGAGAACCCAUUCGGGGAAGACGUGCAACUGGAUGGAGACGAUCCGCAUCACGUCGCCUGGAUUUAUGAAAAAGCCCUUGAGCGGGCUGCUCAAUUCGGCAUUACCGGUGUCAACUAUCGAUUAACCCAGGGAGUGGUCAAGCACAUUAUUCCUGCCGUAGCUUCAACAAAUGCUGUGAUUGCUGCCGCUUUAGCCACCGAGGUCUUCAAAAUAGCAGCCACUUGUGCUCCAGCAUUGAAUAAUUACAUGGUAUUUAAUGAUACUGAUGGAAUUUAUACAUACGCCUACGAAGCUGAGAAGAGAACUGAUUGUUUGGGAUGCAGUCGAGUACCGCAGCCAUUGCAAGUUAAACCUCAGGACACGUUGAAUUCCAUAGUGGAAAUUUUGAUGGAGCAGCAUCAAAUGAAGCAGCCUGGAUUGAGGGCUAUGGUAGCUGGGACAUCUCGAACGCUUUACAUGAACAGUGUUCCGUCCAUUGAGGAACAGACAAGACCAAAUUUGAAGAAAACGACAAUGAGUGUUGAUUCGCAGACAGAUACGUCGCGACAAGCAGCGCAAGGCCCGUCAAUCCGUGACGAUGUGAAAAGAAUAUUGGAUUUAACAUACGACAAGAAUGACCGUGAAUUCCUGCAAGCUGUUGAUCAAUAUGGGGGUCCUGCUUCUGUUUUGGAAGGACUUGAGAAGUUUCCUGAAUGUUUCGAUGGGCACGAGAAGAGCAUAAUCGUUGUUGUUGAAGGAUUCUGGCGAAUUUUGGGCGAAUUUGCUUCCAAAGCAAUAUUUUCAGAAACCCGGAAAGAAUUGCUGGAUGUCAUCUACGCCAUGGAACGCGUUGUGGGAAGAGAGGAAUUGUGGGAGUAUCUUGCUGAUCCCGGAGUUUCGUGUUUUUUGGAGCGGAUGUUCCUUCAUCGACGGCUGAUGUUGCAGGCGGAUGGAUUCUCCGUCGUUGUUUCCGUUUUGAAAACAUACGAAUCCUUGCAUGUGGCGAACACGCUUCGAAAGCUGACGGAUGUAUGUUGCCGAGGGCAUUGGCGUCCGGGGCCAGUUGGUGUGUCGAUUCCCGCAGUUGUUUUACAGUUUCUCGUGGCGUUUAAUAGGCGUACUCAGCGUGAUGAAACGGGUCUCGCUUUGUUCUAUCACGCUUAUGAUAGUUCGAUCGAAGCUGGUGUUAGCUUCACCAAUCCGCUUCAGCGUGUUUACGCGAUCAAGUUGUUUCUUGACGUAUUUCCGUUGGAGUUACCGUAUCGGGAGAUAUUCAACAAGUUCAACGUGAAUAGCAAAGCAGCGCGGAGCGAAUAUUUGAACCAGCAGCGAACCAGAUUGAACUCGAUUUUACAGGAUGAAGAUGACGUUUGUCGAAUCGCUGCUUGGGAGGGUCUUACUAAAAUUUUGUUGAACGUGCACCGGUUGAGCUUGAAGGUGUUCACUGAUGAAGAAAUUUCUGGCUUCAUUCAUCAUAUGCACGAUCAGUUGAAGAAAGAAAAAGGAAAAACCCGUGCAGUUAUUCUCAAGAACUUCGUAUCGCUGUAUAAUGUUCCACCUGCUCAAGAACUGAUCGAUCACCUUGUGAAUGACGUCAUAAGAUCCAAUGAAGACUGGCUUCAUGAGGAAUUAGACAUCGUAGCCGGUGUUGCCGUAAAGUCUCCGGAAGUUAUUCCAGAGGAGACGCACUUAGAAGCGCUGGUUCUUCUUGGGGAAUCAAUCGCUCGAUUGCCGGUGCAAAAUUGCGGGAAUGUGGCGAAAUUGUUCUUCGCAAUGAUGAAGUACGAAAAGAUUUACCACUAUCAAAAGGUGUGUGCUGCCACUGCUUUGCUCGGAGAAAAUUUGAAGCAUCUGAAGGCUUUGCUGAUGUGUGAACUGAAUCCCACGGAGGCGAUUGAGUUCCUGGCACAAUUGAUGUUAAUUAUUGGAGCGAAUUACUGCGACAGAAACGGAGAAAUUUUCAAUGAGCUGAUGUCUACCGCUCCUGGUUGUCAAACUAUGCUGAUGGAAGCUCGCGAUAAGUGCGCCGACCCUGAGGUUCUUCGGGGAAUGCUUGAGAUAGGGUCUAUGAAUGGGUUGGACGUUCAAGUUUCAGUUGCGUUUCUGUCUAGCAUAGCUCCAAUGAAGCAGAUGGAGAAGAAAAUGGAUAUAUUUGAAAUGCUGAUGGAUUUCCCCUUGAUAGAACCGCCGACAUCCCGGCAUCUCUUCGCGGUCACACCGGAUGAUCUUCUUCAAGCUUCAAAGCCGAGUUGCUUCAGACCGUUACUGACGUCGUUGAUACAGUGGUCAAAAGCGAAAGAUCUUUUCGGCAGACGAGGUUUGAGAUUCUUGAGGACUUUACUUCAAACGCCAUCGCUACUCAGUCGGAUCUUGGAUAUGUAUGGCGAUGAAUUGCAGUGGUCGGGGAAAUUCCUGCGACGAUUUGUCCGGACGAAUAUCAAGUUACGAUUCAGCCAGGGUCCACAUGAAGCAUUGGAUACGCAUGAUAAGUUGUUGGUUGAAGGCCUGGAGUGCGCGACACUUUUUACACUUAUCGUCACUCCACCGAGACCUCCGUUCGAAAUCUUCCCGCGAAAGUAUGCUUUGGUGGAGAAUGAACUUCCGCUCACGGAUUCAAAAUUUAUGGAUGUCUUGUUUUCCUUGUCCAAUACCUGCAUGCCGAUACUGAACCAAAACGAAGUGAUGACGAGGAAAAAUCGUAAGAACACUGGGGAUACAUUGAGCCCCGACGCCGCUUUAAGCGUUGGUAUCGUGAGGAACAUUAUUUGGUACGGCGCCGAGUUCAUUUCUUUGUGCCGGUUCAAGGCGGACUUCGUGGGAAAGUUGGAAGAAUUUUGCUACGAAGCGUUGACUUCAGUUGUUGGUAGCCAGGAUUAUUCCAUAGUAGAAGCUGGUGUGAAAUAUUGCUUCGCCGUCAUGUGGCUGGCUGGAGAAAUGCCGUUGGGCCGUUGCAUGGAUUACCUAGAAAAGCACUUCGCGAGAGUUUUCAUCGCGGUCAUAAAGUCAAUGCUGAACAGUGAUUCCUUCGGCCUCGAGGAUAAGGCCACAGUUAUGGUGUUGAGGCUUCGACUGGAGUUGAAUCAUCGUUGCACGUUGAUGUCCGAAGUGCAUGGUUCUACCGAGGAAAAGCAUCCGCAGAUGCAUGUCCUGGUCACGAAAUAUUUACUCAAGUUGGAUAAAGCUUCUUCCGGAGAAUCCUCAGGCUUAUCUUUCGCAGAAGAUAAUUUAAUGGGU